UGUCCCCAGCAGGAAGAUGGCAUCCACAGCAACUGAGGAAGAGAAGGGGUCUCCUGUGGUGGCGGGGCUGCUGGUCGUGGGCAACAUCAUUAUUCUGCUGUCGGGGCUGGCCCUGUUUGCAGAGACAGUGUGGGUGACAGCUGACCAGUACCGCGUGUACCCGCUGAUGGGCGUCUCAGGCAAGGAUGACGUCUUCGCCGGCGCCUGGAUUGCCAUCUUCUGUGGCUUCUCUUUCUUCGUGGUGGCCAGCUUUGGUGUGGGCGCUGCACUGUGUCGUCGUCGGUCCAUGAUCCUCGCGUACCUGCUGCUGAUGCUCAUUGUUUACAUCUUUGAGUGUGCCUCUUGCAUCACGUCCUACACGCACCGUGACUACAUGGUGUCCAACCCGUCCCUCAUCACCAAGCAGAUGCUGACCUUCUACAGUGCUGACACGGACCAGGGCCAGGAGCUAACCCGCCUCUGGGACCGGAUCAUGAUGGAGCAAGAAUGCUGUGGCACAUCUGGCCCCAUGGACUGGGUGAACUACACAUCAGCCUUCCGGGCAGCCACUCCAGAAGUGGUGUUCCCCUGGCCUCCGCUGUGCUGUCGUCGGACAGGGAACUUCAUCCCCAUCAACGAGGAAGGCUGCCGAGUGGGCCACGUGGACUUCUUGUUUACCAAGGGUUGCUUUGAGCACAUCGGCCACGCCAUUGACAGCUACACGUGGGGCAUAUCAUGGUUUGGGUUCGCCAUCUUGAUGUGGACGCUCCCUGUGAUGCUAAUAGCCAUGUACUUCUACACCACUCUCUGAGGAUGAAGAGGAGACCCUGUGUGCCCCUCCGCCCGGAGCUCCGGCCUCCCUGCUGCACCCGGGGACCCCUCAACCUCCUCCCGCAGCCCACCCCUGUGCACCCUCCCUCCGGUUUCCCUUUGUAUGUGUGGGAACUUCUCUGGACACCAGCUGUGCCCCAGGCCCUGGAUUUGUUUGUUUGUUUGUUUUGUUUUGUUUUUUGUUUUGUUCCUGGAUCCCUUUGACCCUGAUCUGGUGAUGACAAAAUGUCCUGUCCUCAGUGGCCCUUCACUGCUCUUAGCAACCCAUCGUGCUCCUCUCUGUGGCUGCCAGAACUUCCCACGGGAGUGGUGGUGGGGUAGCCACUGCUGCCCAGUUGUUUGCAUAAGCUGUGGCAGACCUAGAUUGCUUUAAGAGGAGGGAAGGAUGCCUGCUGC